CUUCUGAUCAGCCGACUCAUCAAUCAGUUUCUAUUACUUUAUGCUGAAAAUCCGAUCGAUUGUUGAAUAUUGAGAAAGAUUUCAAGAAUUUAUCUGACCCUUUUUCCCAUUUGAUUCAUCAUCAAUUCUUAUUUAAACUUCAGUUCAAAGCUCUAAUUUUUUGACCCAUUUCAGUUUCAGCCAUAAGGUGAAUGCGAUGAAAACAUUCGUUAUGUUGUUGCCCAUUUUAUGGGUUCUAGUUGCUCUUCAAGGGGUAACAUCUCAUGAAGAUCAUCCUCUAGCAAGGAUUGCUGUUCAUAAUGCUAUUGCUGCUUUGGAUGCUCGUGCUUAUAUCAAAGCAUCUCCUUCUGUUCUUGGGUCAAACGGCCUAAACCAAGAAUGGAUAACUCUGGAGUAUGGCACAGGCAACCCGUCAAAUGAUGAUUGGGUUGGAGUGUUUUCUCCUGCCAAUUUCAGUGCAGCUACGUGUGACCCUGAAAAUAACAUGGUGACUCCACCACUUUUGUGUACAGCUCCUAUAAAGUAUCAAUUUGCAAAUCGCUCCAAUCCCAACUAUAAAAGGACAGGAAAAGGAUCGUUAAAGCUUCAAUUGAUCAACCAGAGAUCAGAUUUCUCCUUCGCUUUGUUUUCUGGUGGAUUACGAAAUCCAAAGCUGGUAGCAGUGUCAAAUACUGUUGCCUUUGCACAUCCAAAUGCACCAUUAUACCCGCGGUUAGCACAGGGAAAGACAUGGAAUGAAAUGACUGUUACAUGGACAAGUGGAUACGAUAUCAAUGAAGCAGAGCCCUUUGUGGAGUGGGGUCCACAAGGUGGACAACAGACUCGUUCACCAGCAGGGACUUUGACUUUUGAUCGUAGUAGCUUGUGUGGUGUACCAGCAAGAACUGUUGGAUGGCGCGAUCCUGGAUUCAUUCACACUAGUUUUCUGAAGGAGUUGUGGCCCAAUUUAGCAUAUACCUACAAGUUGGGGCAUAAACUGUUUAAUGGCACGUAUAUCUGGAGUCAGAUGUACAAAUUUAAAGCAUCGCCCUAUCCUGGCCAAAGCUCUCUUCAGCGAGUAGUCAUUUUUGGUGACAUGGGAAAGGAAGAAGCCGAUGGCUCAAAUGUGUACAAUCAAUACCAACCUGGCUCCCUUAACACUACCAAGCAAAUCAUUGAGGACUUAAAGAACAUUGACAUAGUUUUUCACAUUGGUGAUAUCGUUUACGCCAAUGGAUAUCUUUCUCAGUGGGAUCAAUUUACUUCUCAAGUAGAGCCGAUUACUUCAAGAGUACCAUACAUGAUUGCUAGUGGCAACCAUGAACGCGAUUGGCCUGAUAGUGGGUCAUUUUAUGGUAAAAAGGAUUCAGGUGGAGAAUGUGGUGUCUUGGCUCAGACAAUGUUCUAUUUUCCUGCCGAAAAUAGGGAUAAGUUCUGGUACUCUACUGAUUAUGGUAUGUUCAGAUUCUGUAUUGCUGAUACUGAACAUGAUUGGAGAGAGGGCACUGAACAAUAUAAGUUCCUUGAACACUGCUUCGCAUCUGUAGAUAGACAGAAACAGCCAUGGCUAAUCUUCCUUGCACAUAGGGUACUUGGUUACUCUUCUGGCGAUUUUUAUGCUGAUGAAGGAUCAUUUGGAGAACCAAUGGGGAGGGAAAGCCUUCAAAAACUUUGGCAGAAGUAUAAAGUUGAUAUCGCCAUAUAUGGUCAUGUCCAUAAUUAUGAAAGAACAUGUCCCAUUUACCAGAAUAUUUGUACAAUGACCGAGAAGAACUCGUACAAGGGAACCUUGAACGGGACAAUACAUGUCGUUGCAGGAGGAGGUGGAGCUGGUCUAGUUAAGUUUACAUCCCUCCAGACUAAGUGGAGUAUAUUCAAAGAUUACGAUUAUGGAUUUGUGAAAAUGACAGCAUUUGAUCAUUCAAACCUGUUGUUCGAGUACAAGAAGAGCAGUGAUGGCAAAGUGUACGACUCUUUCAAUAUUUCCCGGGAUUACAGAGACAUCUUGGCAUGCACUGUGGAUAGCUGCCCAAGCAUGACAUUGGCAUCUUGAUUGGUUUAUGAAGACUUUAAAGUUUGAUUUCUGUUAUGCACUUAUGUUGCAUCCCACUAUACCAUCAAUAUCUUUACAAGAGAAGCCCCGUGCACAAAGCAUCCUGCGUUCUGAGGAAUCCAAGUUCAGAGUCACAAACAGCAGGAGCCUCACAGAUAAACAGUCUGGGUGAAUANAAAAUUGUUUAUUAGCCUUUUUCAAGUAUUUGUGUUAUCCAAUGUAUUGCUAUCAUCUUUCAUAAAACAAUUGGCUUAAAUGUUCACAACAAGUGUCUCCAUAAAG